AUGCCGUCCGUCGUGAUCGCUGGAGCCGGUCUCGUCGGCGCUCUCAAUGCGUGCUUUUUCGCUCAGAAAGGAUGGGACGUGUCGGUCUACGAGUUCCGCCGGGACAUCCGAACGAUGAAGCACGUGCAGGGGCGGAGCAUCAAUCUGGCGCUGAGCAACAGAGGAAAAGCGGCGCUGGAAGCGGUUGGACUCAAAGAGUACAUUGUGAAGCAGGGCGUGCCGAUGUACGCGAGACUCGUACACAACAAGGACGGAAAGACGUACAGUAGGCAGCCGUACGGAAAGCCCGGACAGGUGGGUUACUGUAGAAGACUCCGUGAGAACGGGACGACUUUCAGCACAUUGUGUCGAUCAACCGACGGCACUUGAAUGAAGUCAUGAUCACGCAGGCGGAAAAGUCGCCGAAUGUGAAGUUUUACUUUGAGCACAAAGUGAAGAGCGUCGAUUAUGAAAAGAAGCAGUUGGUGGUGCAGUGCACGGCUGCGCCCUCCAGAAUCCCGACGUUUGGCAGCAAGGCGGCAGCAGCACCGUGAGUCAGAAGAUGUUGAAUUUGAAGAAAUGGGUGGAGUUUCAGACAAGAACAUCCAGAAGUUCGUGUGGAAGCCGACCUGAUUCUGGCUUGCGAUGGAGCGUAUUCGGCAGUUCGCAGAAGUCUCAUGACUAUUCCGAGGUAGUUUUUGUCCCGAUACCGUAGUCAUCUGUUUCCCAGAUUUGACUUUUCCCAAGAGUACAUUGAGCACGGCUACGUGGAGCUGAACAUCAUGGCCAACAACAACGAAUUCGCGUUCGAAGAGAACGUCUUCCAUCUCUGGCCACGCGGUCAUUUCACUCUUAUUGCACUUGCCAACAGGGACAAAACGUUCACGGGUGAGUGGGAUUACUGAUUUGAAGAGAAAUGAAAGGAGUUGUAGUGACAAUCUUCGCUCCAUUUUCGGAAUUCGAGAGGCACAUGUCGACGCCAGAAGACGUUCUCUCUUUCUUUGAAGAGAACUUUCCCGAUGCGUAUCUGUUGCUUGGGAAGUGAGUUUUCAUUUGAGAUGAGUUUCGAAUGAGUCCCGUCUUCAGAGAGCACAUCGCAGACACAUUCAGUCGUGUGAAACCGCAACCGUUGGUUUCUGUAAAGUGUGCUCCUCACUCGUUCUUCGAUAAUCUCGUGCUCAUGGGCGAUGCCGCGCACGCAAUGGUUCCCUUUUAUGGGCAAGGCAUGAAUUGCGUAAGCUUCCUACAAACUAUUCGACAAUCUUCAAAAGUUUCACUUUUAGGGUUUCGAAGAUUGUUUGGUCUUCAGCGAGAUUCUCGAUGAAAACGGCGAUGACAUCGGUGAGUGACAAAAUUCAUCAUCUCAAAAAAUCAUGUACGUUUCAGCUGCGACAGUGAGAAGAUACUCGGAGAAGCGAGUGAAAGACGCGCACGCCAUCAUCGACCUGGCAAUGUACAAUUACGAAGAACUCAAGGAUCUGGUCAACCGGAACUCUUACAAAAUGAGAAAGACGUUCGACACAUUCAUGAAUAGACUGUUCCCGAACGGCUGGAUACCACUGUACUCGAUGGUCACGUUCUCUCGUAUUCCCUAUUCGGAAGUGGUUGGGCGACGAGCGCGGCAGGACAGAAUACUGUCGAGAUUCUUCAAAACCACUUCCACGUUGGCACUGAUCGGAGCAGUCGCCGGAGUGUACAUUGGCCGGGGAAAGCUCGGGCUUUGA